AUGGAUGCAUGCGUGACGUUGGAUAAACAUUAUAAAAUUCCAUCCUUCCCAUCUUCCUCUUUCUUUCUUCUUCUUCUUCUUCUUCUUCUUCUUCUUCUUCUUCUUCCCAUCCUCCUCCUCCUCCGCCUCCUUCUUCUUCUUCUUCUUCUUCUUCUUCUUCUUCUUCUUCUUCUUCUUCUUCUUUGUAUAAUUUAUUGUUAUUUUUUAUUUUCUUUAUUUCUCUCUGAUAUUAUUUCCUUUCUUCCUUCCUUCCUCCAUUCCUUCUUUCUUUCUUUCUUUCUUUCUUCCUUCCUUCCUUCCUUCCUUCUUCCUUUCUUCAUUUCUUUAUUGCGUCUUUCCUUCCGUCCUUCCUUUCUUUCUUGCGUCUUUCCUUCCGUCCUUCCUUCCUUUCUUUCUUCCUUCCUUCCUCUCGUCCUUUCUUUCUUUCUUCCUUCCUUUCUUCCUUUAUUUCUUUUUUCAUUCUUUCUUUCUUUCUUUAUUUCUGCCGCCCUUUCUUUCUUUCUUCCUUCCAUCUUUCCUUCUUCCUUCCUACCUUCCGUCCUUUCUUUCUUCCUUCCGUCCUUCUUUCUUUCUUUCUUUCUUUCUUUCUUUUCUUUCUUCCUUCCUUCUUUCUUUCUUUCUUUCUUCCUUCCUUUCUUCCUUCCUUCCUCUCUUCCUCCCUUUCUUUCUUCCUUCCUUCCUCUCUUCCUUCCUUUCUUUCUUCCGUCCUUCCUUCUUUUCUUCCUUCCUUCUUUCUUUCUUUCUUUCCUUCCUUCCUUCCUCUCUUCCUCCCUUUCUUUCUUCCUUCCUUCCUUCCUUCCUCCUUCCUUCCUUCCUUCUUUUCUUUCUUUCUUUCUUUCUUUCUUUUUUCUUUUGUUUUAUUUAUUCUUAAUUUAUAUUUAUUCUUUACAUAAUUUUAUCUUUGUCCCUCUUUCUUUCUUUGUUCUUUUUCUUUCAUUUAUUCUUUCUUUCUUUUUCAUGUGUUCUUCUUUAUAUUUUUGCAUCUGUUUAUCGAUAAUUUUUAAAUUGUUCUUUACAUUUUUUUCUUUUUUCCACUCGCCCCUUUUCUUCAUUCUUUACUUAUUUCUUUUACUUUUCUUUCUUUCUUUUCUUCUUUCUUUCUUUUCUUCUUUCUCUCUUUUUUCUUUCUUUUUUAUUUCUUUCUUUUCUUUCUCUCAUUUUUUCUUUCUUUCUUUUCUUCUUUCUUUCUUUUCUUCUUUCUCUCUUUUUUCUUUCUUUCUUUUUACUUUCUUUCUUUUUUCUUUCUCCCUUUUUUCUUUCUUUUAUCUUUCUCUCUUUUUUCUUCCUUUCUUUUCUUAUUUCUCUCUUUUCUAUCUCUCAUUUUUUCUUUCUUUCUUUCUUUUCUUCUUUCUUUCUUUUCUUCUUUCUCUCUUUUUUCUUUCUUUUAUCUUUCUCCCUUUUUUCUUCCUUUCUUUUCUUCUUUCUCCCUUUUCUUUCUCUCAUUUUUUUUUUCUUUCUUUCUUUUUCGUCUUUCUUUUUUCUUUUCUUUUUUCUUUCUCUCUUUUUUUUCUUUUUUCUUUCUCUUUUUUUUCUUUUUUCUUUUCUUUUAUCUUUCUCUCUUUUUCUUUCUUUUUUUUCUUUCUUCUCUCUUUUUUUUCUCUCAUUUUUUCUUCUUUUUCUUUCUUUUCGUCUUUCUUUCUUUUCUUCUUUCUCUUUUUUUCUUUUCUUUUUCUCUCUUUUUUCUUUCUUUUUUUUUUUCUCUUUUUUUCUUUCUUUUUCUUUCUCUUUUUUUCUUUUCUUUUUCUUUUUCUUUUUUCUUUCUCUCUUUUUUCUUUCUUUUAUCUUUCUCUCUUUUUUCUUCCUUUCUUUUCUUCUUUCUCUCUUUUCUUUCUCUCAUUUUUUCUUUCUUUCUUUCUUUUCGUCUUUCUUUCUUUUCUUCUUUCUCUCUUUUUUCUUUCUUUCUCUCUUUUUUCUUUCUUUUUUCUUUCUCUCUUUUUUCUUUCUUUUAUCUUUCUCUCUUUUUUCUCCCUUUCUUUUCUUCUUUCUCUCUUUUCUUCUUUCUCUCUUUUUUCUUUCAUUCUUUUUUCUUUCUUAUCGCUUUUUUCCAGUUUCGAUUUUUAA